AUGGUAGGUACGGUGACGUCACAAGAGGGCGCCCUCGCGGAGCCCGGGCGGUUCAAAUGGUUGACGCGGGGGAGAAUAAUCCAAUAUCCCCCCCUGCCAUGGCUCUCUCCACAUGAUGGGUUUUUUCCCCCUCCUGUGUCGCCCUAUAUAUAGCUCUUCUAUUCCUUUUUCAAAUCUCUUGUGGGAAAGGAUGUGGUCGUGGAACUAAAAAAUGAUCUGAGCAUAUGUGGCACCCUCCAUUCUGUGGAUCAGUAUCUGAACAUCAAACUAACUGACAUCAGUGUCACAGACCCUGAAAAAUACCCUCAUAUGUUAUCCGUGAAGAACUGUUUCAUCCGUGGCUCAGUGGUUCGCUAUGUGCAGUUGCCAGCAGAUGAAGUUGACACACAGUUGCUUCAGGAUGCAGCAAGAAAGGAGGCCCUGCAGCAGAAACAGUGAUGCUUCCUCUAUUUUCCUUGCCUGUUCCAUUGGGGACCCUUAACUC